CUGGGGCAGGAAUCCCCAGGGCUUCAGUGGCAGGAUGCAGGAGCCAGGGGUGAAUCUGCUCAGUCACGGCUGUAACUGCAGGCAUUGAGAGGCAGGAGAGGCAUCAGCAGACACCAUGCAGUACUGGGGAGAACGGGUCACAGAGUGGGCCAGAGCCUCUGGAGGGACGAUUGGCGCUUGGGUCAACCGAAUGAGGCAGUCAGCAGCUAGCUGGGCCAGGCGAAGUGCCAGCUCUCCCUGGAUUUUGGACCCCAUGGGUGAUGUCUACUACUACUGGCUGGUCGUCGCCAGUGUCCCUGUCAUCUACAACUGGACCGCAUUGGUUGCUAGGUGCAGCUUCACUGAUCUCCGGUGCAGGUACCUGUCCAGCUGGCUGGCUCUGGAUUAUUUGUCCGAUUUCAUCUACCUGCUCAACGUGGUCGUCAGGCUCAGCACAGGACAGCUGGAGCAGGGUGUGCUGGUGACGGACCGCCGCCGCAUCGCUCGCACCUAUCUGCGCUCGUCGGCCUUCGGACUGGACGCGGCCUCUCUGCUGCCCACCGACCUGCUGGCCCUGUGGCUCGGUCCCUGCUCGCCGGCCGUCCGCCUCAACCGGCUGCUGCAGCUGCCGCGGCUGCUGGAACUGCUGGAGCGGGCCGAGACCCGCACGUCCCGCCCCAACGCGCUGCGCAUCGGCCGGGUGAUGGGUCUGCUCGCCCUCCUCAUCCACUGGAACGCCUGCGCCUACUUCUCCCUGUCGGCUCACCUGGGCUUCGGCUCCGACCCCUGGGUCUACCCGAACGUGUCGACGCCCGGCCACCCCCGCCUCGCCCACCAGUACCUGUACAGCGUCCACUUCGCCACGCUGAUCCUCACCACCAUGGGCAACACGCCGCCGCCCAGCCGCGACGAGGAGUACCUCUUCGUGGCGGCGGACCUGCUGGUCGCCGUGCUGACCUUCGCCGGCAUCGCGGGCAGCGCCGAGUCCAUCGUGUCGGAGAUGCAGCGGGCGCGGCGCGGCGGCUUCCCCGACCAGCGCCGGGUGCGCGGCUACCUGCGCCGGCGGGGCGUGGAGCCGGCGCUGGCCCGCAGGGUGGACCGCUGGGCCGAGCACCUCCGGCUGCACGCCAAGCGCACGGACGAGCGGCGGGCUCUGCGGGCGCUGCCCGGCCGGCUGCGGGCUCAGCUGGCGGCCGACGUGCACCUGCGGGCGCUGGGCAAGGUGCGGCUCUUCAGCCGCUGCGAGGCGGGCCUCCUCCGGCAGCUGGUGACCCGGCUCCGGCUGCAGGUCUUCAGCCCCGGGGACCUGGUGUGCCGCCGGGGCGAGGUGGGCCGGGAGAUGUACAUCGUGCAGGAGGGCCGCCUCGCCGUGCUGGCCGAGGACGGGCUCACCGAGCUGGCCACACUGCAGGACGGCAGCUACUUCGGCGAGAUCAGCAUCCUCAACAUCCCCGGGAAUAAGUCUGGGAACCGGAGGACGGCGAACAUCCGCAGCCUCGGGUACUCUGAUCUGUUCGUGCUGGGGAAGGAUGACCUGACUGAGGUGCUGCUGGAGUUCCCCGAGGCAAGGAGGGCUCUGGAGGAUCGGGGCCGGGAGAUGCUGCAGAAGAUGGGGAUGUUGGAGGAGGGGGCAGCCCAGGAGGACGGGGGUCCGGAGCAGCUGCUGAGGAAGGCCGGACGCCUGGAGAUCGCACUGGACUUGCAGCAUACCCGACUGGCUCGCCUGAUGGCGGAGCACGAUUCCAGCCUCUGCAAGAUGAACCUCCGGCUCAGUCAGCUGGAGGACAAAGUCAAUGGGUGGGAGGUGGAUCCAGGCCACAGUGAGCUGCAGCAGCAGGCUCUGUCCCAGAGCCAAAUACAGGUCCAGGCCCAGCUCCAUGACCAAACCCAAGCACAGGCCCGCACCAGUCUGCUGCUGGAGAAAGGAGGGGAGGGCCCGGCCCACAGGCAGCCCUGGUCCCAGGCUCCAUCCCAGAGCUGGGCCCAGGACCAGGUCCAAACAGAGGCCUUGUCCUGCACCAAUGGACUGCCAGAGAACGAAGAGGAGGGCCGAGUCCCAGCCCCAGGCCCAGGCCCCAGUCCACAGGCACUUACAGGCCCAGACGCAAACCCUGCUGGAGAUCAAGCCCCAGGAUCAAGUUCAGUUGCAUGUCCAUUCCCAAGCCCAUGAUGACAAGCAGCACCAGAUCCUGACACAUGUCAAGGCCCAGGUGCUGAACCCUCGCUUGUCACAGACUCAGGCUCUGAACCCGCCCCAGGAUCAGGGUCAGGCCCUGGACCAUGGACAACUCUGACCCCUCAACCACAUAUGGGACCAGGGCCACUUUCUGGGUGACAGGAAGCUGCUGGUCCCACAUCUGAGUUUCAAGCUCAGCAAUGAAGCCAGGCCCAGAGGCAGGGAUUGUCCAAAGGCCAGACUCGAGGAGAGCCCUGAAUUCACAGGUAGCUCGAGGACCCGAGCUCGGAGCCUCGGGGCUGGUUCAAGCUGCAGACACCCAACCUGCAGGUGGGAGGCCGGACACAGGCCUAGCUCAGCCCCAUAUUGAGGCCUGGCUGGGAUAGAGCUGAGGGUCCUGGGGCUAGGGGCUAGAUAGCUGGGGGAGAUUGCUCUGUGCCUGGUCCACCAUACAUUCUGGGAAGCUGAACACUGGCGAGGGUUUCAUCGCAGCCUUCACUGCUGUACGGAGAGUGUCCUCGGGUACAAACAAUCCAGGACGGGGUGGAUACAGCAAACUGCAUCUGCCACACAAUA